UGUAGCAAAAUCGCUACCAGAGCGCAUCGAUUGAUUACGAGUAUUUUGGACAUGUAGCGGAAACAUCAACGUGUACAAAUCCAACGUGAGUGAGAUAUGUUUAGCAGUCACGGUAUUCAACCCGUUACGGUUGUGCUCAGCAACACGAAAAACUGCUUCCUUCAUCUUUCAUCGAAGUUAAUUUCCCACCUGUCACUGAACGAGAAUCAAGCCUUGGAGUUGUCCCGCAGUCAUGGACCUUCAGUGUUCCUCAGCUGGACUCUCAACCGAAGCUCGUCCUCCAGCUUUGAUAGCCACCGUGUGGAGAUGUGCAGGCAUCUGGGUGAGAAGCUGGGCCUGCGGGAUGGAGAGGAAGGCUUCUUGAGACCUUGUCAGCAGGUCUCGUCUGUGCAUCGUGUCUUCGUGGAGCCUCUGUCGUCUGAUGACUGGGAGAUCUUGGAGCUCCACAGCGGCAUGCUGGAGCAGCAGCUUUUGGAUCAGAUUAGAGUCGUAUUCCAAGAUGCUGUUUUUCCCGUGUGGGUGGACAACCACACGGUCAUCUUCAUCCAGAUAGCGCUGUUGUCGCCGUCUGUGCCUUAUGGUCGCCUGGAGCCCUUCACAGAGCUCAUCGUGUCCCCAAAGAACCACGCCGGCCGCCCCGAGGGUCCCUCUCAGCCUCCAAACUGCCUGUCAGACCCCCCGCCCCAAACCAUGUCCUCUUCUGUGCCUCAAGGUCUGCAGUGGGGUGGCAUCGCUGACAUUAAAAGUCUGUUUGGCUUCAUGACAACGGGCACAUGUGACCCAAUCAAGGAGAUCCCUUCUGUCCCGGAUGUCCCCGCCCUUCUCGAGGACUCCCUCUACAGAGUAUGCGGCGCGGCUCCUCUGUCCCCCAGCGCCAUGAGUCACAUGGCGCCAGGCGUGCUUCACGUCUUUCCUUGGAGAUCAGAUUCAGGCAUCGGCGGAGGUCCGCCUGCUGUGACGUACGGUCUGCUCUCCACAGUCCCGUCCCCCAAAGAGGCCAAGGACCGAGCCAAGCUGGCCGCGGAGAAGAAGGACGGAGCAGACAGAGACAAGGAUGUGACAUCAGAGGAAGUGACGGCGGUUCGUUUGAUCUGCCAUGACGUUGAUGAGCUGGCAGAGGCGCAAAGGAGGCCCAGCGAGGGAACGCUCCACUGCGGCAGAGUCUGGAUUCCACCGCCGAUGACCACAAGGAUGAACAUCUCGCCGCACUCCACUGUAAGAAUCAAACCCGUGAGAUCGACAGUGAAGGUAGCGUCCGCCAUUCGCCUCCAGCCUGUAAAUCCACUGGCGGAGGAGGAAGAGGAGGAGAUCCAGGCAGCCUUCCUCAGCUGGCUGCACACUCAGUGUCACCAACCCUUGGCAUGUUUGACGCCGCGCACCGGCUCCGUCCUCCUACACGCCGCCGACGCCAAGUUAGAGUUUACUGUGACGGUCCUGAAACCAGACCCGGAACCAGAGACUGACCUGCCGGACCAGCUCUUUCUGCUCACGCCUUCCGUCUUGCAGAAGACACAUAUACAUGUAGUCAGAGAGCCUGCCGUCACAUCGUCUGCCAACACGGAACCCGACACAGCAAAGCAAGAACUUCCCUCAUUAGCUUCACUAGGCGGUGUCGACGAGGCGAGCAGGAGAAGCUUUGAGUUCAUCUCCCACAGUCUGCUAGCUUCGCCGUUGUCCCGAGAGCUGGGAGUGACGGGACGGGGCCUCAGAGGAGGAGCGCUGCUCAUCACCGGCGCCAAGGGCAGUGGAAAGAGCGUGCUCUCUAGGGCCCUCUGCAGGAGAGCAGCAGAUGAGCUGGACGCGCACGUGGAGGUGUUGGAGUGCAAGAAGUUGCAAGGAAAAAGGGCGGAGACGGUGCGACAGACGCUGCAGGACGUUUUCACGCAGGCGCAGUGGAAGCAGCCCUCCGCGGUCCUACUGGAUGACUUGGACCACGUGACCCGGGCGCCCACCUCGCCGGAGCACGAGCACGGGCCCGAGGCGCAGCUUCACCUGCAUGUGGCACAAAGCUUGGUGGACAUCGUGGACCAGCUGGUGGACAGCAACAGUCUCAUCUGUUUGAUCGUCACCAGCGUGACUCAGCAGUCCUUACACAACACACUCACCUGUGUGCGAGGCGCACACUUCUUCCAGGGAUUCACACACGUGCAACCGCCUGACCAGGCUCAGAGAGCAGACAUCUUGCGUUGUCUGAUCCAAACAAAGUGUCCCCAGAGCUCUGCCGCCUUCGACCUGGAGGCCGUUGCCAAGCAGACGGAGGGUUACGUGCCCCAGGAUCUGGUGGUGCUGCUGGAGAGAGCCAUCCAUGCCAACGCUGCUCGAGGGGGACGCCAUCACCACGGUAACCAACAUCAUAAAUGUUGUCAUGAAGCAGUAGUUGACUCGGGUGUUUUUCCAGGUGUGUGUGUAUCUCAGCAGGACUUUGAGCAGGCUCUUACGGGGUUCACCCCUCCUUCCCUUUGGGGGGUGGACCUCCAUACGCCGAGUGGAGGCGGGCUGGAGGGGGUGGGGGGGCUGACGGAGGUGCGACAGCAGCUCAUGGACACCAUUCUGCUCCCUGCCAAGUAUCCCAUCCUUUUUGCCAACCUUCCCAUCCGCCAUCGCUCGGGAAUCCUGCUCUACGGCGCUCCGGGCACGGGGAAGACCCUGCUGGCCCGAGCCGUGGCCAAAGACAGCGGCAUGAACUUCAUCGCCAUUAAGGGACCAGAACUUCUGAGCAAGUACAUCGGAGCAAGUGAGCAAGGGGUCCGAGAUGUCUUCCAGAGGGCUCAGGCCGCCAAACCUUGCGUCCUCUUCUUUGACGAGUUUGACUCUCUGGCGCCCAGGAGGGGUCACGACAGCACGGGCGUGACGGACCGCGUCGUCAAUCAGCUGCUGACCCAACUGGACGGCGCCGAGGGAUUAAAAGGCGUUUAUGUCCUCGCUGCCACCAGUCGACCGGACCUCAUCGACCCGGCCCUGCUGCGCCCUGGACGCCUGGACAAGUCGCUGUACUGCCCCCCGCCCCAACAGGAGGACCGGCUGGCCAUCCUGAAGGUUCUGAGCGCUGGAGUCCCCAUGGCUGCCGACGUGGACCUGGAGGCGCUGGCUGCCCGCACGGAAGGCUUCACCGGAGCCGACCUGAAGGCGCUGCUGUACAACGGCCAGCUGGAGGCGCUAAACAGCAGCCUGGAUGCGGACGCCGCAACGCACGACGGGCUGCCGUGCGACCUGAGCCUGUCCUCCAUGCUGUUCCCCAACCACAGCAGCAGCUCCGAGGAGCCGGCGGACGAGGGGGACGCCGGAAGAGAGAGUCCAGAACCUUCCAAGCAGCACCAACAUCAUGGCAGCGGUCUGUGGAGGCUCUACUUUGGAAGCUCCUUUGACUCGGAGUGUGGGAAUCCACCACCGGCGGCGGCGGCAGACGGGCGCCUUGCUCAACCCGCCUCCCUGACCUAUGACCGCCCUGCACACGCUCUCGCUCCCACGCUGCCCCCCCUCGUCAUGUCCUCCCUCCGUGGCGGCUUGGAGGAGCUGAGCGACGAGCGUCUGCAGCGCCUCCAAGAGGACGUCCGUCACAUCAAGAUCAACCACCGCCGAUCCGAGGGGGUGCGAGCACGGGACCGGUCGGUCUCCGGACGGACGAGCUUCCUGCUGUGUCACGCUCACCUGCACGCCGCCCUGGACGUCACCAGGCCAUCUCUGAGCACAGACGACUGGGGCAGAUACACAAGGCUGUAUGAGGCCUUCAGAGGUUCGGGAGUGGGAAUUGCGGCACAAACAUUCCGACCUGGACAGCGUGUGACGUUAGCCUGACGACACGCCUGCGGUGAUGGAACAUAAUUACAGAAAUAGCAAUAGCAGUGAGGACCGAACAAAGAUGGCCGCCCCCAUCCCCUCCCUCCACUGAAAGCCCUGAGGACAAAUCAUAAGAAAGCGAACGAGGAAGAAGGAAUCGCGUGCUGGUUAGUCGUCGCCAUGGUAACCAGCUCUUGUAUUGUUUGGUGGCAUCACAGUUCAUCAAACCAUCUUGGACAGUUUCGCUCCAG